GUUUUACCAUACUAAUUACCAUACUACAACUACAUAGAAACAAUAUGGGUGUACAAGACUUCAAUCCAGACAGUGAGUUCGGAGUUCAAUUGAAACAACAGAUAUCCAACAGAUUAGCCUCAUUGAAUACGGAAGAUCCUUCUUAUGUGGCCGAAUUCUUAUUGGUUCUCAUUUCAAACAAUCGUACUCCUGCUGAAAUUGUUGAGGAAUUCACAGGAUUAUUUGGUGCUAUAAUCGAUCAAAAGUUUGUUGUGGAUGUCAUUAAUGAGAUACUGAUCCAUCAAGGAAAGUUGCAGCCACAACAAGAACCAACACCACAGCAAAGUCAACAACAGCCUCCACAACAACAGCAACAACAAGCUACUUCUGCAUUUUCUUCAGCAAACGUAACUCCUCAACCACCAAAAUCUGCUUUUGGAACACCAAGUACGCAACAGCAACAACAGCAACAGCAACAGCAACAACCACAAUCCCAGCAAAUACAGCAAUUGCCGCAGGCACCAUUCAACAUACCCACUGCUCCUCAAGCGCAAAUACAGAAUUCUAUGCAAUUUGAUGAUAGUAGUAUGCUAGUUGAUGGUGCAGAAAACAAGGAGGUCAGAUUUUCCGAUGCGACGCAAAACUCAUUCAGGCCAAACAAUUUCAAUGACAACAACGUUAAUAGAUUUAACUUUACCAAGAGUACUAGAGGCUCAACUAAUUUCAAGUCUGGUAGAGGUGGACGGGGCGCCAGAGGUGCCAGACCACUUAAUGGGAGAAGACAGGACACCAUGUCCAAGAUGGUUGAGAUGUCACUUGAUAACAACAAUGAGAUGACAACUAACUUUGUUAGUAGCAGACCUACAGAAAGAUGUAGAGAUUUUCCACAUUGUUCAAACAAAUUUUGUCCAAAUGCUCACCCAACUAAGGUUUGCCGUGAUUUCCCAAAUUGUCCUCAUCAUAACCAAACCUGUACUUACUUGCAUCCAGGGGAGGAUGAUGAAUUAUUCAAAGAGUAUGAAAGAGUUAGAGAAGCCAAAUUUCAGCAAAGAAACACUAAAGUGGUGAAUACUGGUAUAACGUUGUGUAAAUUUGGAUCUGUUUGUCAAAAAGAAUUAUGUCCUUUUGGUCAUCCAACCCCAGCCAACAAGGAUGCUAAGGUGACAAUUUUACAAUGGUGUGUCGACAACAAAGAGUGUAAGAAUCCAAAUUGUUCCAGAGCACAUUCAUCUCCUAACUUCGAGCCUCAAGUUGCCCAGUUCAAUGGUGGCCAAUCUGGCGUCGCCGCAGCUAACGUUGGUGCGCCGGAAAAGACAUUAGAACAAUGCAAAUUCGGUUCAUACUGUAAGAAUUUCAGGUGCCCAAAGAGACAUGCGACAUCUCCGGUUCUAUGCAGAGCUGGUGCCAGCUGCACAAGAAUUGACUGCUACUUUCAACAUCCGAUUAAUGAGACUUGCAGGUUUGGUGUGAAUUGUACCAAUGUCAACUGUGCGUUCCAACAUCCAGAAGGUAGACAGAUUUCACAAGCUGGCGCCACACCAGGUGGUAACAAGGUGUGGGUUAAUGGACAAAACCAAGAUAGUGGUUCUACAUCCCAGCGCCAAUUUGCUGUUUCAGAGGACCAAGUUUUGGAGCAAGCACCACCACAAGAAGCUUGAUGAUUAAAGCUUCUUUCUCAUCUUAUUAUUUUUUAUGUAGUUUAAUAACUGGUUUUAAAAACAACCAGUUUGUUUUUUGUUUUUACUUUUGUCUUUAUCAUACAUUACUUUACUUUGUGUAAC